UGCUUUGUCAACUUUCAAGUAUUUGAGAAGAAUUAUAAAAAAGUUAAUUGAAAAAAAAAAAGUGUUAUUCUUGUGUAUUAAAAUUUUAAGUUAAAAAUCUAUAGUGUGAAUUUUUAAAAUAUAAAACUUUUAGUUAAUUAAUAAAACUAAAUUAAAAGAUUUUAAAAUAAAAUAAUUAUAAAUAUGCCAGAAAAACCAAAACGUCCUCUCUCAGCUUACAUGAUUUGGUUAAAUGCCAACCGAGAUAAAAUUAAGAAGGAAAAUCCAGGUAUUAAAGUAACGGAAAUAGCUAAAAAAGGCGGAGAAUUAUGGAGAGCAAUGAAAGAUAAAUCUGAAUGGGAAGCCAAAGCCGCUCAAGCUAAAGAUGAUUACACAAAAGCUGUAAAAGAUUAUGAGGCAAAUGGCGGCGGUGGUGAAGGUGGUGGUAAAAAGCGUGGUAAAGCGGGGAAGAAACCUGCUAAAAAGAGCAAAAAGAAUGAUUCAGAAGAUGAAGAAGAAGAUGAGAGUGAUUAAAUCAAAUAUCUAGAUUUAAUUUAGUUUUAUUAAAAAACAAACAAAAAGAAAAAAAAUAAAUCCCAAUAAUAAUAUUUCCUUUAUUUUGUCCCAUAUUUUAACCAUUUUUUUUUUUUGACUCUUAAUUGAAAAUCCUUAUUUAUCUCAAAAUAUUAUUAUUCGUGUUUUAUUCAACAAAUAAAAAAAUAAAUAAAUAAAUAAAUAUAUAAAUGUAUUUUACCCCCUAUUUUAAUAAAUUUUGUAUUUUAUUAGACAAAAAGCGAAAAAAUUCAAUUUUUUUUUUCCUUUGCAAAAGAAAAUUAAAAUUAAAACAUUGUUUUAUUUUUUUAAUUAACAAAAUGAAUAGUUCUUUUUUAUGUAUAGAAACAAUGUUCAUAUAAAACAAA